GAAGCAGCCCGGUUCAGGCAGAACCCGUCCGUCUGUUCCGAACCCAGCCUGCGGGUUCUACCCGGACCCGGUCAGAUACCUGGAAUUACUUCAAACAUUUUCUUCCUUCAAACUGAUGCCGAAUUAUCCUUCAGGCCCAUCGGAGCCAUCUGGGUUAAUGUUUUAUUCCAGCCUGAUGUUUCAUCUCGUAAAUUUAACAAGCAGCAAAGUGAUCAAUAAAAGGAAAUUUAACCAUCAAAUGUUUUUAAUCUUUCAACAGAAACCUGGAUCCUCUCACAGAAACUCCCUUUGCGUUGCUGUGCCCGUUUCCUCAGCCGGCCUGCAGUAUGGGAUCCCGUUCUACCUGCAGUACCUGGCCCACUGGCCCGAGUAUUUCAUCGUGGCUGAAGCUCCGGGCGGAGAGCUGAUGGGCUACAUCAUGGGGAAGGCGGAGGGAUCGGUGGCGCGGGAGGAGUGGCACGGCCACGUCACGGCGCUGUCGGUGGCCCCGGAGUUCAGACGCCUCGGCCUGGCCGCCAAGCUCAUGGAGAUGCUGGAGGAGAUCUCAGAGAGGAAGGGCGGGUUCUUCGUGGAUCUGUUUGUGAGAGUCUCCAACCAGGUGGCCGUCAACAUGUACAAGCGUCUGGGCUACAGCGUCUACCGCACCGUCAUCGAGUAUUACUCUGCCAGCAACGGGGAGCCGGACGAAGACGCAUACGACAUGAGGAAGGCUCUGUCCAGAGACACAGAGAAGAAGUCCAUCAUCCCGCUGCCGCACCCCGUCCGGCCGGAGGACAUCGAAUAACGUGGGGCCGCGGCUCCCUGACCCGCCGACCCCUGCUGACCUCAGAGAGCCGCUGGAUGUACAAAAUGUUUCAACAUUUAAUUUGCUGUAAAUUCUAAUGAACGUUUGUUUCAGAAA